AUGGAUGGAGUUGAAGCAGAAAACAGCAAUCUAGAAGAGCUUGAUCUUCCGUAUGGAUAUAGAUUUAGGCCCUCCAAAGCAGAGCUACUGGUUCAUUAUCUGAAGAGAAAGAUAAUGGGAGAGCAACUUCCGGCUAAUGUGAUCCCUACUAUUGAUGUUUACGCUUGCAAUCCAGAACAACUUCCUUUCAGACUCUUCACGCGUGGAAUUUCACAUAUAUGGUUCUUCUUUUCCAAGAGGAGAAAAGGCAAAAUCUUGACCAAAGAUGGCUACUAUGAUUUUGCCUCUCCUCCUCGUGGUGCAAUUUAUGAGAAGAUUGAACCUGCAGCAGGAUCGAGAAAAACCAGAAAGCUUGUCGGUUUUAUGCGUCGACUGCAUUUCUACUAUGGAAGGCCACCUACAGGAAUAAAAUCUAGAUGGACUAUAGAAGAGUUCAGAAUUGAUCCUGAUACUGUUGAUGUAAAUAAAGAUGAUCAUGCUACAAAACGAAAGGUUUCGAAUCUUGUUGUCUGCAAAGUUAAGGGACCUCUACUAUAUCCUGAACCCUGGAAUGAGAUAUCAGAGACAUUUUGUGAACUUGAGGAAGACGAAGUAUCUGAGGAAGAUGACUAGAAUAUAAUAAUGCUGUUCCCUCUUAAAAAAUCUCUGUAAGAGGUGAUUUUGUUUUUUGUCAAGUGAGUUUGUUGUUGACUUUCAAGAGUUGGCUGCACAGGUGAGUUUGUUCUUUUAAACAAAGUAAAUAUCAUUUUUUCUCAGGAAUCAUCUUUGAUAAUUAAGAUAAACAUUUGUCGAUCAAUAUUUAGUAGCCUGGAUAGCCGUCCCAUAUCUGAAGGUUGUAUGUCAUUCGUAUCAAUGAGAUUUUUCGGGUAAAAGCAGAAGGCUUACUUUGGUUUUCGCGUAAACUAUUAUUAUUUUAGAUAAUUCUGACAUGUAUUUACUUUUUAAUGCGUUUGGGUGGUGCAACUCUAACCGCUGCUGCAGCCUAUCAUUUUUUAGUAUGAUGCAUGACAGUAUCUGCAAACAUGAUAUUCCCUUCUUCAUAUUUACAAAAUAAUGCAUCAAAAUUACUUAUAUUGCCCGACCAAAAAGAAAAGAAAAAAAUAAAAUAAAAUCUGUAAC